AUGGGUACCAAACCGCACCCUUUGAGCAUCCGAAUAAUUCAUGACCUAAAAGAUAUUCUCAAUCAGUUUCAUCCAUACUUAUACUUUGUCAGGUUCAUGAGCUCCUUCAAAGAUUGGCGGAUUAUUCCUUUGGAACUUUCUCAAAGCACAAAAUUAAUCUUCCUCCUUGUUGCCACUAUUGACGUGCGGUUGUUGCCUGAUCGCACCAUCCAACAUUACCAAUUCCUCGGUAAUAGCAUCGUCAUUCCUUCCUGCAACCAUCAUCCUAAAAUUCCAAACAACCAAAAAACUAAAAAUCCACAUCAGACAAACAGUACCGAUUGUAUCAUAUACACAUAUCAAAUACAAAAGGAAACAAAUAUAUUAAUAACCUGGUCAACUGGACGACCAUGCUCUGAUACCACUAAUGUAACACCCUCUUAA